AUGAAAGUAACUAUUAGAUUAUCAACUGAAGUUUCAUAUUCAGUAACUAUUCCUCAUAAUUCAAGCGUUGAAGAUUUAAGAAAUUCAGCCAAAGUUGCCUGUCCUUCAUUUACUUCUCUACCUCCGGAUUUUAAAUUGAUUACAAAUGGUGUUAAAUUAUCACCUUAUCAAAAGCUGUUAAAAGAUUUUGGUUUAUUAGAAGAUACUGAGAAUACCGUUAUUUUAAUGAGUAAUGGAUCAGAUACCCCAACUCAGUUAUCUCCAACUUCAACUAGUGACGAAAUAUUAACUAGUAAAGAAGUUCCCAAAAAAAAGAAAAAGACAAAUAAAUGUCAUUUCAAGUCAUGUAAUUCGCCAUCGUUGAGAAUGGUUGGUGAUUGCUCACAUUGUCAAGGUAAAUUCUGUGCCAAACAUCGUUUAUUAGAAGAUCAUUUAUGUAAUGGAUUACAAUAUUGUAAAAAUAAUGCUCAUGAACGUAAUGCAAUGAAAUUACAAUCUGAAUCAACCAUUACAGGUAAAGUUUAA